AUGAUUGUAUGUGCCUUUAUUUUAUAACCUUCAUUACUGCUGAUUAGUUUACUGCUUAGGGUUUUCCAAGUAAAUUAUCACAUGUUGUAAGAAGUGAUCGUUUUCUCUUCGCUUUAAUUUUUUUUCUAACACAGCGGUGAUACUACCCUCACCUCCAGUCUCUGUGGUCCAGAGACAUGGGGAAUGGGGCGAGGGAGACACCAGUCAAGAAUUCUAGAUCUAGUACCUGGAGCUUAAGGCUUCCAGGCUGCAGCUCGAACUAAUGCUCUCUUUUCUCCUGGGUCAGCAGCUGCCCCCUUGGACAAUGCCCCUCCACAGUCCCACUUUGCCCCAGGAGCGAGCGGAGCAGUCACCCUAACCCCAAAACCCCGAAUAUGAAGCGCAAUCUUCUCUCAAGCGGCAACUACUUCCCCAAGCCACACUCGAGUUUUUCCCAGGAAACAGCUCCUUGGAAACUACCGUUUCCUAGCAAAAUCGGAUCGGGAGACUAGGUUUCGGGUUCCUUCGACCGUUCCCUCCGCUAGGGUCUAGAAGCCGAAGACAACAAAGCGGAAGAAGGGGGUGGGAACAUAGAGGAGGAAAAAGAAACCGAUAAUCGCGCGCCUUAGUCCCGGGGUUAUUGCGCAUGCGAAGUCGGUCCCCUACGGAAGCCGGUAAGGACGGGACUCCACGGAGGCCAGCAGAUGCGGGCAAGAUGGCGUCGACGGCUGCGAACGGGGCUAGCGGGAGCAGCGGGAUGGAAGUGGACGCCGCAGUACUCCCCAGCGUGAUGGCCUCCGGCGUGACCGGCAGCGUAUCUGUGGCCCUGCAUCCCCUCGUCAUCCUCAACAUCUCGGACCACUGGAUCCGCAUGCGCUCGCAAGAAGGACGCCCCGUGCAGGUGAUUGGGGCGUUGAUCGGCAAACAGGAGGGACGGAAUAUUGAGGUUAUGAAUUCAUUUGAGCUUCUGUCCCACACGGUGGAGGAGAAGAUCAUCAUUGACAAAGAAUAUUACUACACCAAAGAAGAGCAGUUUAAGCAGGUAUUCAAGGAAUUGGAGUUUCUAGGUUGGUAUACCACAGGGGGUCCACCAGAUCCUUCAGACAUCCAUGUCCACAAGCAGGUGUGUGAAAUUAUUGAGAGCCCUCUGUUCCUGAAGCUAAAUCCCAUGACCAAGCACACUGAUCUUCCAGUCAGUGUUUUUGAGUCUGUCAUUGACAUCAUCAAUGGAGAGGCAACAAUGCUAUUUGCUGAACUGACCUACACACUAGCCACAGAGGAGGCUGAACGGAUUGGUGUGGACCAUGUAGCUCGAAUGACAGCUACGGGUAGUGGAGAGAACUCUACUGUGGCCGAACAUCUAAUAGCCCAGCAUAGUGCUAUCAAGAUGCUGCACAGCCGGGUCAAGCUCAUUUUAGAAUAUGUCAAGGCUUCUGAAGCAGGAGAGGUUCCUUUUAAUCAUGAAAUCCUGCGUGAAGCCUAUGCUCUGUGUCAUUGCCUCCCUGUGCUCAGCACAGAUAAGUUCAAAACAGACUUCUAUGAUCAAUGUAAUGAUGUUGGGCUCAUGGCCUACCUUGGCACCAUCACCAAAACAUGCAACACAAUGAACCAGUUUGUAAAUAAGUUCAACGUCCUGUAUGAUCGCCAGGGCAUCGGCAGACGAAUGCGAGGACUUUUCUUCUAAAAGGGGGUAAUCCUUUCCUUCACAAUAAGUGAUGGCAAUGGGCACAGAUCUGUCUGCUUCACAGAGAACAAUUGCCUCCAGAGGCAGGAAAGUGGCCGAUUACCCCCUUAGAGAAGCCCUCAAACCCACAUAGCUUCCCUCCACCCAAAUUGUUAAUAAAUGGGGAAUAGUUCCCUCCCAUGAUUCUUGUCCUUUCUGUUAAAAGGAAGUAGUGUUUAGAGUACCUAUAUGUCCAGUCUACCUUCUUCUGGUGUAUAUAUAUUUUUCACCAGUAAGCCCUGAGGCCAGAGAUACUACCAUAAGAAGAGAGGAAACCCUGGAGAAUUGACUAUAACUGGUUUGGUUGUUCCUCCCCUCUCCCUAGAAAUUCUAGGAGUUUUUUUUGCAAGAAUUCCAUAAACACUUUAUUCAAAAUGAGAAUAAACAUACAUUAUAGCAA